AUGUAUCUACAAGGGGUAGUUAUAGAUAAAGAAUUAAAUAUUAUUAGAGGAUUAAAAACAAUCAGUGGAAUAGGACAAAAAAAAGCAGAAGAAAUAUGCAACCUAUGCCACAUACACCAUAAAUUAAAAAUAUCAGAGCUAGAUAACCAACAAGAAAGACGAGUACAAACACUAGUAGCUAAAAUGAGAGUAGGACACUUAUUAAAAAAAGAAACAACAUCCGAUAUAUUCAACCUUAUCAACAAUAAAACAUAUAGAGGAUAUAAACACCUACUAGGACUACCCGUAAAAGGACAAAGAACAAAAACAAAUGCAAAAACAACAAAAACACAUAAAAACUCACUAAUAA